AGCUGGACUUUCUCACAGUCCACUUCUCUCUCUCCCCAAUCUCUCUCAUGAGGUCUAAGGCUUCUCUUCAUCUUCCUCCUCUUCCCCUUCCGGAAAUCUAGGGUUUCUGAAUCUCCGCUCCCACUCUCCACCGCCAUUAAAUUAAGCUCCAAAUCCUUGCAUUGUCCCGGAAGCCCUAGCGAAGCCCCGCCGCGCACUGUCCCCAAAUGGCGAAGACCCGACCCGGCCUCAUGCCCAAGCCCAAGCCCGGCAAGAAGGACCUCGACUCCUACACCAUCAGGGGCACCAACAAGGUCGUGAGGGCCGGCGAUUGCGUCCUGAUGCGGCCCUCCGACACCGGGAAGCCACCCUACGUCGCCCGGGUCGAGAAGAUCGAGUCCGACAGCCGGAACAACGUCAAGGUCAGGGUCAGGUGGUACUACCGCCCCGAGGAGUCCAUUGGGGGAAGGCGCCAGUUCCACGGAGCUAAGGAGCUCUUCCUCUCCGACCACUACGACAUCCAGAGCGCUCACACCAUCGAGGGCAAGUGUAUUGUCCACUCCUUCAAGAACUACACGAAGCUUGAAAACGUCGGCGCCGAGGACUAUUACUGCAGAUUCGAGUACAAGGCUGCUACUGGCGCCUUCACGCCUGAUAGAGUGGCCGUGUAUUGCAAGUGUGAGAUGCCGUACAAUCCAGAUGACCUGAUGGUGCAAUGCGAGGGGUGCAAGGACUGGUAUCAUCCAGCUUGUGUUGGUAUGACCAUUGAAGAAGCAAAACGGCUAGAUCACUUUGUAUGUGCUGAAUGUUCUGAUGAUGAUGCCAAACGAGCAGAGAAUGGAUUUACUGCAUCCCCAGCAGCUGAUAUGAAGGUGGAAUCGAAGCGCAGGAAGAGAUAAAGGCAUCAAUCAGCUCGCCUUAUUUUGCUCGAAAGAAUGACCCUUUGGAAAUUUUAGCGAGUAGAAUGCUUGUGUGUGAGGUGAGGUGUACAGUGUUGGUGGACCUUGGUUUGCCUCGGAAAGGAACCGACUCUUUAGUGAACUGUGCUUAUGUUAGGGUUUCUAUGGACUCUUUCAGGUUAGCUUUUUAGGAGGUAUGCUGUUGUAAAACUUCUGCUUGUGAUGUAAAGAGGGAGCUUUUGGAGCUUUGCUCUUAUGUCUGUGUGUUCUGAACCAGGGAGUGCGUGCUCUGGAUUCUCAUCGACUUUUUAUCGAAGCAACUGUGAAGUUUUAUAAUUAA